GAAUUAUGGGCAGUCCUCCGAGACUGGCAGCAAGCUCCUCAUGUGGGAUGCGGUGAACCUGCUGCUCCAGGAUCGGAAUUGCCUUCGUCUUUGCAUGUUAGUGGCCAUCUUUGAGGGCUCCAUGUAUGUUUUCGUCUCCAACUGGACUCCGGCGCUGGAGUCAGCGGAGACCAUUCCGCCUCAUGGGCUUGUGUUUGCGCUCUUUAUGCUCGCCGCAACUUGUGGAUCUUCCGUAGCGACGCUGGGUGGGCGCUUCAUGAGUCCGCGCAGGCAGCUUCGGAUAAUAAUGCUCCUUUGCGUCCUGUCCUUCGCACUCGCGAGCCGCAGCGCUUGCACGGCAAUUGGCUACUGCCUGGUUGCAUUUAUGAUCUUUGAAUUCUGCGUGGGCUGGUAUUUCCCCUGCAUCGGCAUCGCCAAGAGCGAGAUUGUGCCUGAUCGCAUUCGGGGCUCCAUGUACAACCUCUUUCGAGUUCCACUUAACGUGGUGGUUCUCGUCCUGCUACUCACAGACCUGAACAGCGAUUCAAGAUUCGCGCUUUGUUCCUUGCUGAUGUUCCUAGCAAUGCUGGCCACAUUCGGUCUCGGACAAAACAUGAAAGCUCAAGCAGACAGUCGUGAGGUCUCGUGCCAUCCAGCAGUGUGA